AUGUUCCGUUCGAUCGGCGACACGGUAGACGCCGUGGACGUUCUCGCGCAAGGCGACAACAUCGACGACACGGACGAGCCACAGAUCAUGGACAACAUCGAGUCUUUAUGCAUGGCAUGCCACGAGCAAGGCAACACGCGUCUCCUCCUAACGCGCAUCCCCUUUUUCCGCGAAGUCGUUCUCAUGUCCUUCGAGUGCCCCCAUUGCUUCUUCAAGAACUGCGAGAUCCAGUCGGCAAGCGAGAUCCAAGAGCGGGGGUGCACGUACACGCUCAAGCUGGCGGCGAAGGAGGACUUCGACCGCCAAGUCGUCAAGUCGGAGACGUGCGUGUGCCGCGUGCCAGAGCUGGACCUUGAGAUCCCCGCGCAGCGCGGCCAGCUCACCACCGUCGAGGGCCUGCUCUCCACCGUGCUCGAGGACCUCGACGGCGACCAGAGCAAGCGGCUCGCUGCCGACCCGGAGGCGCACGCACAGAUCGCAACUUUCAUCGCGCGCGGCCGAGAUGUCCUUGCGGGCAACGCACUGCCCAUCACCCUGGUCGUCGAUGAUCCCUCCGGCAACUCGUGGAUCGAGCCGAAGCCGGGGGAUGCGCGCGGGAAGUGGACGAGCAAGCACUACGAGCGUACGGCGUUGCAAAACGAGGGUUUGGGGCUAACUGACGCGGACGCGGGCACGCGAGAGGCGCGCGAGCGCGCCGGCGAGGACGAGGACUACGAGAUCCGCCCCGACGAGGUGCACACGUUCCCCGCGACGUGUCCGAGCUGCGUCCGCCCCUGCAGCACGCAUAUGAAACUCGUCGAGAUCCCCCACUUCAAGGAGGUCGUCAUCAUGUCCACCGUCUGCGACAGCUGCGGGUACAAGUCCAACGAGGUCAAGACCGGCGGCGCGGUGCCGGCGCAGGGGAGGAUCAUCACGCUGCGGGUGGAGGACGCCGAGGACCUCGCCCGCGAUAUCCUCAAGUCCGAGACGUGCGGGAUGACGUGUCCGGAGCUGAACCUGGACUUGACGCCGGGGACGCUGGGCGGCCGCUUCACGACCAUCGAGGGCCUCCUCACCCAGGUCCACGACGAGCUGCAUCAGCGCAUCUUUUCGGGCGCGGACGAUGAGACCAGCGACUCGAUCGAGAAGGACACCCGCGAGAAGUGGGAGGUCUUUUUCCAGGGGCUGCGCGACGCGAAAGACGGGAAAAGAACGUUUACGUGCAUCCUCGACGACCCGCUCGCCGCCAGCUACGUGCAGAACCUGUGUGCGCCCGACCCCGACCCGCAGCUGACGAUUGUCGAUGUCGACCGCACCAAGGAGCAGGAGGAGGAGCUGGGGAUUCUGGAUAUGGUCACCGAGGGCUAUGAGGAGGCUGAGGAGCAGAGGGUCAAGGCAGAGAAGGAGGAGAAGGCGAAGGAGCAGAGCGAGAAGGAGGGUGUGGCGAGUGAGGCGCGGUGA